GGCCACUUGCAAGCGCCGCCCCCAGCCCUCCCCUCUCCGGCAAACAGCCGGCUGCAUACACAGGGCAACAUGACUGCCUGGGAAGAGGCGGCUCUGGCAGAGGAGCUGUGCUGGCUCCAGGAGGAUUAUUAGCCCCGGAUCAAGGGGGCGUGCGUGGAAGGCAGCCGGCCCAGCCCGCAGAGGCGGCGGCGGCGGGCAAGGAAGAGCCCCCCCCAUCCAAAACAGAAAGCGAGCGCUGAGUGCGCUGGAGGAGCCCGCAGAGCCGCAGUCCAGCCAGAUGCAAACAGAGGCCCCACUACAGCAAUUGACUCCAUCUGGGCAAAUCCAUAUGCCUGUUUAUAGUCUUUUGAAGUGGCUGGGGCCUUGCUUGGAAGUAGCAGUCUGCCUGUGUGUCAUCAGUUGCGGGGUCAGCAUCAUAUACAGUAACAGAUGGAUAUUGGUGUAUUGGCUACCUAGAACCCCAAGUCCUGAUGGGGGAUUCACGAUCAAGACGGUCAACUAUUGUGUCUCGAUUGCCAAUAUUCAGGAGGAGUAUUAGCCGUAGACACGAUUCCCUUCCUUCCUCGCCUUCCUCUGUCAAUACGGUUGGUGUCCACAGUUCCUCUCCUUCUAGCACAAAUUCAAGCUCGGGGAGUACAGGCAAGCGUAGGAGCAUAUUCCGUACUCCUUCCAUUAGCUUCCAUCACAAGAAAGGGAGUGAACAGAAGUCUGAAUCUGCAAACCAGAAUAUAAGUAUUUCAAAUGGCGCUCAGUCUGCUCACAACAGUUUGCAGAAACUCAGCUUGGAGGAUCACGUUAAAAGCAGAGGGAGACAUUCAGUUGGUUUUGGCAGCUCGCGCAGCAAGAAAAUAACAAGGUCUUUGACAGAGGACUUUGAAAAGGAGAAGGAGCACUCAGCUAAUAAGAAUGUCUUCAUAAAUUGCUUAAGUUCUGGUAAGAAUGAGAGUGAUGACUCUGGCUUUACAGAGGAGCGAAGCAGAUGCUCCACUAAACAGCCCACACGAAAACUUCUCCCUAAGUCUUUUUCAUCGCACUACAAGUUUUCAAAGCCAGUUCCCCAGAGCCAGUCAGUAUCCUGUGUGCAACAGUCUGGAUGCUUAUUAGAGAUUAAACCAUAUGUUGAAUGUGAGCCUGCCACAGUAAGGUCCUCUCUUUCAUGCUCUGCUGAGAUAACAGAAUGCACAGGAAGUUCUUUGCAAUCCCCACUACUUUCCGCUGAUCCCACCACAGUCCACACCCCUUCGGAGUUUUUAGCCUUGACAGAGGAUUCUGUUUCAGAAGUUGAUGCACCAACUAAUAAUGGAAACACAGGACUGCUCCCAGAGAAAUUUGGCCACCAUGUUUCUACCUCUCGGAUGUUCCUCAACACAGCUACAGCUCACAUGAGGGAAAAUGAGCACAUAGAAAGUACUUCCCAGCUUGUUACAGCUCCUGUGAGAUGCACAACCUUAUGCAAUACUGAAUCAAAUAUCUUACCCCAGACCUCUGCUGCUAAUCAAAUACAAGUAUUAUUACCGGCCACUGAACUACCUGUUAAGGAUGCUGGGCAUAUAGGAAAAAUUAACUCUGCAGAUGCACAGUUAGAAACCUUAAUGUUAAAUUGUGCAGAAAAAACAACUGAAACCUCCCCAAAAGCACAUGAAUUAAGUGGUGGCCACCACGACCUAACAGGACCUGAGCACAUUAAAGAAAUGGUUCCUGUAACGGCAUCUAAGAUUCUCCCGUCGUCUUCUAAAACUCAGUUCUUUAAAGAGCAACAGGAAUAUGAGGUUAAUCACUCUAAAGUUGAUCUUUCCAGUAGCUUCAGUCCAUACCGAGAAGGCAGAUUCAUAGAAAAACGCCUGAGGUCCUCUUCAGAAGGAACUGCUGGAAGUAGCAGGUUGAUAGUGAAACCAAAGGAGGGAAACACAGAGGGACAUAAUAGUCUACGAAAGCAGAGAACAAGUUCCUCUUCUUCAAAAAUGAACAGCAUGGAUGUUUUGAAUAACCUGGGUUCCUGUGAGUUGGAUGAAGAUGACCUCAUGCUCGACUUGGAAUUCCUAGAAGAGCAGAAUCACCAUCAUUCUGUUUGUCGGGAAGAUUCAUGCCAGUCCAUAGUCUCCUGUGCUGCUGUAGUGCUUGCUCCUGUAGAAUCACCUGUGGAAGCAAAGAAAAAGGAACAUCCAAGAAUGCCUGAUGUGGCCAAACAAUCUCAGUUUGAACACCUACAAGACUUGGAGGGCUAGGCCCUGAGCCUCAAUAUCUAAAAAAAAAAAGUUUGGAUCAAACUUAUAACCAUCUGGGUUCUUUUUCUUUCUAUGUAACUUGUAAUAAAACUGAACUGAACAGCAGACCUGAAGUCUCUUUCUCCAUC